AUGUGGAACCCUAACCAAGCGUUGGACACUCAGUGGAACAGGCUUAAAAUAGGAACCGCAACAGCUUUUGCUGCAUCAGCAUUCUCACCUUUCUCAAGGGCAGGCUCAUGAAACCGCUUCUAGAUUGUGGAUGGUUGUUGCUUGUGGCAUAUUGGCAUAGUGUCCUGUUUACAUCCAAGUUCCUUUGAGUUUUUUUGAACCAAUGACUGAUGAGGGGAAAAAAAGAGUGAGAAGAGGAGGGAGAAAGGGAAGGACAGGGCUGAUCUAAGCCCAGGGGAUUAUGUUAGUGAGUGUGCAGUCGGCAUGGGGUUAGGUGUAAACUAGUUUAUUUGCUUUGCUUUACCCAGCAGGGAAUUUACACCACCUGAAAUUGCAUCAGGGCUGCAUCUGCCUUCUACUGGAAACCUGGAAGCCAAAUUUGCAGAUAAGUUCAGCAAUUUGUUGAAUGAUUUUGUACUGUAUACAUCAGAUUAAGUUUAUCUUUUUAAAUCAUUUGAUUGCUGCAAAGAUUACUAUAAACAUGCUUAUACAUAUUUGAAGUGAGCUAAAAGUAAGGAACAAUUGUUGAUUUUAAUGUUGCAUUUGAGGCCAUCUGAUUAAUGGGUUAAAUUCAAUGGGGAAAUUGCUUUGCAGUAAAGGAAGUUUUGUGUCCUUUAUGUUAAGCUGUGCUGCUUCCUUUUCCUCUUUCAACCCUUAACUUGAGACUGAAGUGAGCAUUAUGAAACAAGGAAGCAACACCAAAAGGUCUAAUAAGCUGUUCUAUACACUUAACUAUUAGCAUUUUGGACUCAUCAAAGCUGUUGAAAUUGUGCUGUAAGUAAUAUGUUUUAAGAGAGUUUUGCUUCAAGCUUGUAUUUAGUUUAUUGUGUGGCAGCAUGCUGCAUUUCUGAGAGACUUCAUUUUGAGAGCCGUGUGUUUGUUCGAUUCAGCAAUGCUGCCUGCCAGCAAGACAGAUAUGGGCAGCAAUUUCACAGUGGUGUAGUGAGUCUGAUUCUGACCGUGGAGUUUUGAAUUCAAGCGACCAACCAAUGGAAAACUUUUUUUGGAAUCCUGAAAUGGAACAAACAUUAAACGUGUGUGCGCCUUAAACAUUAUUUUCUUUCUUGAACUUCCUGAGAUUUCUUCAGAGUGUAAAAACGACACCGUCACAGCACCAGUGUGGAUGAUGAGGGCACAGAGUUUGCUGUUGGCACUGCUGUGCCUAAUGGCAUGUGUGGGCUACUGUGGCACCUUAUCAACCUGCAAACCCCUGAACCUGGAGCUAGUGAAAAGGAAGCGCAUCGAGGCCAUCCGCGGACAGAUCCUCAGCAAACUACAGCUGGCCAAAGAGCCAGAAGAUGAUGAUGAAGGAAAGGGAGAAGAGGUGCCUGCAGAGGUCCUGUCUGUCUACAACAGCACAGUGGAGUUGAGUGAGGAGCUAAUGCAGAACACCGAGCAUGUGGAUUCUCCUGAUGCAGAGGAGGAGGCGUACUAUGCCAAGGAGGUUCAUAAGUUUAACAUGACUAGGGUUACGGAUAAAAUGGUGAUGCUGUUUAACGUCACUGCAAUGAAAGACGUUUUGGGCUUAGACCGUAUGGUUUCCCAGGCGGAGCUCCGUCUUCUCAUCAGAGAAGCUAAAAUAGCUCCUGGCAGUGUGCAGAGGUUAGAGCUUUAUCACGGGGCUGGGGAUAAGGCUCAGUACCUGAAUUCACGUUUAAUCACCAAUGAGUUGAGCAGCAAAUGGAUAUCCUUUGACGUGACACAGACUGUGAAAACCUGGCUGCAAAAUCCUGAGGAAGAAAAAGAAAUCGAGGUGAAGUUAAAUUGUGGAUGUGGGGAGAACGACAAUAAGAUGCUUUUCCACAUUUCAGGCAUACCCAGUGAGAGAGGAGACACAGCAGUUCUACAAGCCAAAAUGACAAAGCCACACAUUCUGGUAAUGUCACUUCCUGCAGACCGUGUCCAUCAUCUCAGCUCGCGGAGGAAACGCCAAGCUACAGGAGAUGCAGUUUGUUCUGAGCAGUCAGACGUUUGCUGUGUGAGAAGACUUUAUAUAGACUUCCGUAAAGACCUGGGUUGGAAAUGGAUACAUGAACCCUCUGGCUAUUAUGCAAACUACUGUAUUGGUUCCUGUUCCUUUGUCUGGAACACGGAAAAUAAGUACUCACAGGUGCUGGCGCUGUAUAAACAUCACAAUCCUGGAGCAUCAGCCCAACCCUGCUGUGUGCCGCAGGUCCUGGAUCCUUUACCCAUCCUGUACUAUGUGGGGAGGCAACAUAAGGUAGAACAACUGUCAAACAUGAUCGUCAAGACCUGCAAAUGUAGCUGAAUGACAUGUGUGGUCUUCAGAGUCUCUUGUUGAGAAGAAAGAAAAGAAGACGAAAAUGUAUUGAGAGGAAGAAGAAGGGUGUGAAUGGAGGGAUAGUUUGUACAAUUAUUGGCUUUAGAUAUUUUGUGUUUUCAUUUUUUCUUACUGAAAGUUUCACCCCUUAAACUCCCAGGCUCAAUCAGUGGGUCCUCACUUGCAUUCCUCCUUUCUUGUACCUACAUACCUUACCUAUUCAUGUUAAAAUUAAUAUAAAAAAAAUAUUCUUCACAGUCAAUAAUUCAAUAAGAUGGGACUUUAAGGGGUAAAAUUCCUUCUAAUUUUCCCUGGUACAUUACAGACUUUCAUUGUUAAAUGUGGCAAACAAAUGGUUGCGCCUUGUUGAACUUGAACGGUUGGUUGCGUUUUUUAAUGUGGCCUUAUACAGUUAGUGUUGGGCUGUAGUGGAAUACAAGUAACAGCGGUACAUAUUUAGGAUAAAACAAUCAAAUGUUUGUAUUCAUGCCAUCAUAGGUUUUUGAAAAUGCAGUAUUCAGAAUACACUUAUAUUAAUUAUUGUGUUUAACAGGUUUGUAAUGCAUGUGCACACUUUCUCAUUUGCACAUGGUUAGUCAGAGUCUAGUAUGCUUUAAAAUUUUAACCUGCUUUGGCAUAAUUUAUUAAACAUUAUAACAUCUUUGCAGAAAGAACGCCAAGGCAAGAUUAAAAAACAUUGCCACUGGUUGUGAAAAUGUAUUAUUGAUUAUUUAAUUUUAAAACAUGUUCUUGGCAGCUGCAGAGCAUUUUUAAAAUAUCCCAUAGUGUAAAAUUGUCAACUCUGGCAACCCUGUUACUAAGUGCCCUGUCUGCUGCUCCUGCUCGAUGGAAAUAUGCAUAGAGUGAGCAUGGGGCAGUGUGAGUCUUGGCACAAUGGCCUCUAUUAGUGCCUGUUGCAGUUCUCAUUUUUGACCACUAGGUGCCAUAAUAACACUAUGGAGCUAAGUGGGGCAGUGAACGCCUUCCCCAUGAUUGUGCAACAUCUAGAACGGUGACCAAAUAAAUAGUACACUUAUAUCUGUCAAAUAGAAACAUUUUUAAAAAAAUUGUUAGUAAAUAGUAAUUCAGCAUAAUUAAAAAUACAUUAAAAAUGGACUGUGAAUGAGAAAACAUUUGUUGAAAGGUUGUUGUAUAUUGUGCCUUUAUGGAUGAGCUGCCACUGUCUCUCUGCCAAUACAUGAUAAUACAUGAUAAUGCAAUCCCUAAUACUUCCACAUAUCCUGGUCUUCAUCAGGAAUGAAAAGCACUGUAAAUGCAUGCUUGAUUUGUGCAAAACUAAGAACUAAUCCUAUACGUGUAGGAGAUUUUUGCUUUAGCAGCUCUGUAUUUAGCUAUAACUAUGGCAAUCUUACCAAACAGGUCCAUGGGGAACCCUAACCAGUCCACGUUUUUUUCCUUCCCAACUUCUGGCACAGCUGUAUUCGGUGUUCAUGACUGUGUGGUGGACUAGAAAGUCUUCACAUGGUCACAUUUUGACAGUUUGUACUAUACAUAGUUCUGAAAACAUCAGACUUUCUUGAACAGAAAUUUGUGUCUUAUUCGCCUGUAUAUCCAUUACAAGUAGUUAUAGCAUUUUAAAGGUGCUUUGUGGACAGUUUGACAGGCAGCAUCUGAUCACAAAGUAAACUGAUCAGGCUUAUGUCUGUUUCAUUACAGCACAUACAGUACGUAGCUAUCCAACAACUUGAUCAAAGCCUGACAUUCAUUGUGUGAGGAAGUCACACUCAGCUAGCAAGACAUCUUUAUACCGAACAUGUUUUGUUAAACCUCACCAUCAUAUAUGAUUUGGUGCAUUGGAAGCUGGGAGAGGUGAAAUGUGAGCCAUGAGGGAUCUCUGAAGAUCAGUGUGGGGAAACAGGGAUAGCAUUUCUGUCUUUGCUUACAUGUAUGAAUUUUAGAUUGUAAGGAAUACAUGUUAUGCUUCAUGUCUGACUUACAUUGAAAUUUAGUUAUAUUGCUUAUUGUUGAAACCUUCUGCUUUGGACAGUGCUCUCAGACGUUUUCUGUAAAAGACAAAACUAUACCACAUGCAAUGUGAAUAUUAAUAAAGCUUUAAACAAACCCAUA